UGGAGGAAGCAGAUGGACUCCUGUUCUGGUACAGCAGGAUGAGGCCCACCAGUAACUUCUGCAAAGAGGUGUAAACUUGCAUUCUGAGACCCUUGGACUUUUCUGGCACUUGUCAACAGCACCUUUCUUUCUAAGGAACUGCUUUGCUCCAUCUUUUGGAAAUGUGUUUGUGUUAAGGACUCCUUUGGCUGGUUGUGCAAUGAGUGUUCACUAUGCUGAGCUUGUGGCUGAAUCUCUGCACAAUUCUGAAAGCUUUGCGUGCCGCACCACGGCCUGAACUGUCAUUCAUCUGGUCAUCCUGCAGUCAUGUUUGUGCGUACAGAGAGGACAUGGUGUCUGUUUGUCAGGCUUAAGAGGUCGUGGCGCGCAGCGGUUUGUUCAUAUUUCUCUCGGCAGACGGAGAAACCGCCUGUGCCUUUUCCUGCAUUCCUCAGGCAAUAUGGUUCUGAGGCUGUCAAGGAUAUUGUGGAUAUGUCCCAGUUUCCUGCAGAGAAUAUUAGAAAUUUCAGCAUAAUUGCACAUGUGGACCAUGGCAAGAGUACUUUAGCAGACAGGCUGCUGGAAAUAACAGGAACAAUUGCCAAAACUGCUGAUAAUAAACAAGUGCUGGAUAAGUUGCAAGUGGAGCGGGAAAGAGGGAUCACUGUCAAAGCUCAGACUGCCUCGCUCUUUCAUAACCAGGAAGGAACAAAUUACCUUUUAAACCUCAUUGACACGCCUGGCCACGUAGAUUUUAGCUACGAAGUGUCACGAUCGUUGUCUGCUUGCCAAGGUGUCUUGCUUGUUGUGGAUGCAAACGAGGGCAUUCAGGCUCAAACAGUGGCAAAUUUUUAUCUUGCUUUCGAGGCGCAACUAUCAAUAAUUCCUGUUAUAAAUAAGAUUGAUCUAAAGAAUGCCGAUCCUGAGAGGGUUGAAAAACAAAUUGAAAAGAUAUUUGAUAUCCCCAAGGAAGAGUGUAUCAGGAUUUCUGCUAAACUCGGAACAAACGUUGAAAGGAUACUUCAGGCGGUUAUUGAAAGGAUCCCCCCGCCCACUGUUAGCACUCGUGACCCGCUGAAGGCUCUGGUGUUCGAUUCCACCUUUGAUCAUUACCGAGGGGUCAUCGCUAACAUAGCGCUGUUUGGCGGGGAGGUCCGCAAGGGCCAUAAGAUAGCGUCCGCUUACACGAAAAAGACUUACGAAGUGAAUGAAGUAGGAAUUCUGACACCCAGCGAGCAACCGACACACAAAUUGUAUGCGGGCCAGGUGGGCUAUCUGAUUGCUGGAAUGAGAGAGAUCACAGAAGCCCAAAUAGGAGACACUCUCUACUUCCAUAACCAACCUGUGGAGCCGUUGCCUGGGUUUCAGUCAGCGAAGCCAAUGGUCUUUGCAGGAAUGUUCCCAGUAGACCAAUCGGAAUAUGGCAACCUGAAAAGCGCUAUAGAAAAACUGACCCUUAACGAUUCCAGCGUUACCGUUCACCGUGAUAGUAGCGUGGCCUUGGGAGCCGGCUGGAGGUUGGGUUUCCUUGGCCUUUUACAUAUGGAAGUUUUUAAUCAGCGCUUGGAACAAGAAUACAACACAUCCGUCAUCUUGACAGCACCCACAGUUCCCUAUAAGGCAGUCCUUUCAUCAGCAAAAUUGAUAAAGGCACAUGGGAAAGAGGAGAUAACCAUCAUAAAUCCAGCUGAGUUUCCUGAUAAGUCAGAAGUGGUGGAAUAUUUGGAACCUACUGUGAUGGGCACCAUCAUAACACCUGAUGAAUAUAUUGGUAAAAUAAUCACUCUGUGCCAGAGUCGAAGGGCUGUUCAGAAGGAUCUGGUGUACAUCGACGAUCAUAGAGUCAUGAUGAAGAAUCUCUUUCCGCUGAAUGAAAUUGUGGUAGAUUUCUAUGAUGCUUUGAAAUCCCUCUCCUCUGGAUAUGCCAGCUUUGACUAUGAAGACGCUGGAUACCAGACUGCAGAUCUUGUCAAGAUGGACAUUCUUUUAAAUGGAAAUGCUGUAGAAGAACUGAUAGUUAUUGUACACAGGGACAAGGUAUACAAAGAGGGUAAAGCUCUGUGUGAGCGCUUAAGAGAUGUUAUUCCAAGACAACUGUUUGAAAUAGCCGUUCAGGCAGCAGUUGGAAGCAAAAUAAUUGCAAGAGAAACGGUGAAAGCAUAUAGAAAAAAUGUCCUGGCAAAAUGCUAUGGUGGAGACAUUUCACGGAAAAUGAAGCUUUUGAAGAGGCAAGCUGAAGGAAAGAAGAAGCUGAGGAAAAUUGGUAAUGUGGAAGUGCCCAAAGAUGCAUUCAUUAGUGUUCUAAGGAGACAGCCUGAUAAGUAGUUUGGAAGUCUUCUAGCUACUUUGGAGAAAAGUUGCCGAAUGCACAACACUGGCUGGUGCUAUUUGCAAACUGUGCAGGAGGUUUUGAUUCUUGGAUGCAAUGUGAAUGUAAACAGACCAAUGUCAUUGAUAGUUUAAAUUGGAACUGACUGCAUAAUAAAAUUUUAUUUCGGGGACCUAGAGAACCUGUAGCUUACUUUUUAAUAAAACCUUCUGUAUCACCACCCAAUACAUAUUGUGAGAGCCUGCAGGC